AUGGCGCUCGUCAUGUACAAGCUCUUGCUCAUCACUUCCAUACUUCUUAUCGUCGUCGGAGUCCUUCUCACCGGCUUCAGCCUUUUCAGCCCGAUAUGGGAGGUCUGCCCAACAUACACGCUCCAUAUCUGUUUUUUGCUGAGUGAAUGUAGUUUUCAUUAGGCUAUCUACGUAUUAAUUGGAGUUUAGGAUCACUCUAUUUUCCCAUGUCAUACAUUUGUAGAAAAGAGAAUAAAUGUAACUCAAUUAUAAGAUAAUGCGGACGUAGAUGAUAAAACAAAGGUUUUCCGCAUGACUAGCCAUCUCUUGGCGAUAAAGGUCAAUGAAUGGGAAAAUCCUUCUCAAACUUAAGAAUAUCCAAGUCUCCCAGGUGGUUGACUUUCCGCGGGAGCAUCUUUCCCACCAACACGGACUCUGGUGGGAUUGUAUAGUCCACCACAACACAUUGAUCCCUCUGCAUGAGCUGCAGGCCGAGCAAAGAGGUCUUCUGUUAUCGAUCCAAGGUUCUAAUCUCGAGUUCAGGAGAUCGCUGUGACAGCAAGUUGGAUCCGACUGUCCGAGCGACGCUUAGAGUAGCCUUGGACAAGGGCGACAAAGCGUCCAGAGAGCUACUUCUUCAUAGAUUUCUGCGUAAGUUGUUGCGGCAUCGUUUGAGACGGUUCGAUGAAGUUCAGCUCACCACAAGGGCGUUAUCUUCUUCGCCGUGUUCACUUUCGUCUUCGGCGGCAUUGGAAUACUGAUUGGCUCUUGUUCACCCUGUUUCCCGCCGAACGCGCUGCUCUACGUCGUCGCCAUCUUCAUGACAAGUGCUUGUUCCAUCAUGGGAGACGUCAUCUACAUGUUCGCUUUUAACAAAUCGCAGGAAGAGGAGCCUUCAAUUGACGAGACGCAAUAUGAAGAAGCAGGAAGACCUUUGGUAUGAAGCUCAUGAAGGGACUCCACCUUUUUCAAAAUCCAGAAAAGACUGGGCAUCGCCAGCUUCAUCCACAUGACGGCGUCACUCACCUUUGUCUUUGCCUUCUUAACAUCAAUAUUCUGUGCGUACUUUCUGGUUACUUCGAAACACGCAAGAGACGCCUGCUGCACGAGCAAAAAAGAAUAUCAAGAGCAAACGAGGUGAAAUCCAAGAAAAGGAACCGAUAAACUGGGCGAAAACGUAUAAAGCCCAUUCAAAGAGGGUAAACUGAGCCUUUAUAUGAGCAAAAUACGUGUCCAGUUGAAAAUAUUUUCAACCUAAAUUUUUUUUGUUUUUUUGUCGUUUCAAAAAAAGCUUCGUUUUGACAUUGUGCGUUUCAUAAAGAUUAUAAAACUACUCCUGCUUGAAAGCUUGGGAAAUUCUCUAUUUUAUAACAUAUUAAAAUAUCAUUUCUCAUCAUAGAAAAGACGGAGAAAACCAACUGGCAGCUUUGGCUUCCCACUCCUGUAUGAAAUGAAAAAGCAUAUAGGAUCUCUUUAGAAAACAGAGGACUGAAACUGAAGACAAACAAGCUACUCUGUUACGAAGAAAAUCUCUUCUUUUUUCAGAUGGAAAAGCAGUGGAUUGAUCCUGAAAACCGGCAACCAGAGCCAACUUUGCCGUCCAUUCGUCGUGAUCGACGACGACAGUAGUAUUUAA